UAACGCUGAUAUAAAUUAAUGUUAAGCGCAUUAACAAUAAUGGAGGAUCCGCUAAAACCAAAGCCGGUUCCAUUAGCAGCAGAAACUGUGCUUUGGUUUGAGUUUCUGCUUGAUCCAAACAAAAUAACGCAACACUUACAACAGACAAAUCCUGAACCCAGCGCAGUGGAACUCAUAAUGCAGUUUAUUUCCAUGACUCCGGAAGUAACUUUCCCUGCGGAAGUUGUCACCCCGGGCAGUGAUAUACAAACAUCACUGUCAGCAUCAGCUGCUUUAACCAUUCCCACUAUACAACGUAAUAUAGACUGUUGUAUGCAGCUAACAAGAAAACAGUUGGCUCUUAAAAUUUUGGAACUUAAAGUAGCAACCUGGUUAAAAUGGGAUUUGGAUUUACUUGAGAAAAACUUACCAGUCGCAAUGCAACUAGGCUUACUGCGCGACUUAUGCACUGUUAGCUACGGACGUGGACUACCCAUACCAUUGCCCAACGAUUUCGAUAUGAAAAUUUCACCAACAGGUAAUGAGCAUGCCGCGCGCUUUGCUUUGACUAUGUACCAUCGUAUGGUUUUGCGUAUUCAGCUGCUUAAAGAAACUGCACUAGGGGUGUCACGACAACCUACAAACAAUGGAUAUCAUACCGUCGACAUUAUGCUGCAAUUUCUGGAUAUACCAACGCAACCUUCCAUUGAAUAUUUGCAGCAGUUGUGCAUUAGCAACAAACCGUUUUACGUAUUCCAUUACGACAGCUUUAUCACCCUACAAUGCGACAACCUUAGCACUGUACAGAAUUACGAAAUCAUGCAUCUUAUUUCGCCAGAGGAAUUACGCGGUCAAAUUCAAUAUGAGCUGGCACACUAUUAUCUUUUUACCAAGCAAUACGUACUGGCUCGUGAAGCGGCAUCCGCCUGCAACAUAAAUUUACAAUCAGUGCGAAGCCAGACAUUUCAGUUUUGCCACAUUCAAUCCAACGAACUAGAAGGAUUAUUGCAAGCUUGCGGUUACGGUUCUCAUUGCAACUCACUGCUUCAGCGUUUUCAUAUGUCUGUGCUCUCUGAAUAUACAGACAUUGUUCCAAUAUUAAAGCUAGAUAAUCGAGCUCGUGAAAUUCCAUUAGUAAAUCGCCGCAUAUUGGAGCUCGAAAUAGAGAGUGCAAUCUCUGCAGGUCUUCUCAAGCAAUCGCGUCACUUGGAGGUGCAGGUGGCCACACUUAACGUUGUUCGGAAUAUUUUUGAAUCUGGAAAUAUUUUUAGCUGUGUAGAAUUUUUCUCAAAAUACCGCGAAAAAGAUUACACUGCUGCCAUUGUAGAGGCUAUUGAAGAUGUUCUGCCGCACUGCACACACGACGAUAAGGUGGCAUUGAAACAAUUUGUGAUUGACUGUGUACUUCACAACGUAGACGGUAAUCAGUUUCUGCAGGCAACUCGUAGCUUUGGUAUUUUCACGGAUGUUGAUCUUAAGAAUCUGGACCUGCUAUUAAGUAUCCCAACUUUGCCGAACAGUAAACUGGCAACGCUAAGUGACUGGAUAUGCCACUCUAAGAUGGCUCGCAUUGAUAUAGGCGUUCUGGAGCGCCAGCUUAUUAAUUGUACCAACGCUAACACUGUGAGAAUUUUAUUGGUAAAACUGUGUGCCCGCGCACCUGGAAAACCGGUGUGGGCUAUUAAUCCAAAUUGGGAUGUUCCGCAACCUCUGAAAACACUCAUUAUGGCCAUGCCCGUUAGUUUUUUGCAGGAUUUUAGUUACGUACUUUUAGGCAAAGCACGCGAACUUGCCGCACAUGGAGACUACUGUGAAUCUGUGUCCAUGCUGUCUGUGCUGAAGUCGGAAACACAGCGGCAGGAACUUGGAAAUGCACAAUUGAUAUCCAAACUCAUCACCUGGGAAAUUUUGCACACGCAGAUAGCACAAUGCUUAGAAGAAUGGCAUCAAAAAACACUAGACCAACAGUCACUUGCUAGCCGCUGUAAGCAGUGCCUAGGAGCUUUAAGCGACACGGUACCACCACGUAUUGAAAUUGUAAACAACUGCGCUGUUAUGCUACUUAAUCUGUCUGAAUUUCAACCACUUAUGUUUUUGGAUAAGCGUUUACCGCAGUUGGAGCUGACGCAAGCGUUUGCGUCUACAUUUAUGGAAAUGGAAAAGAUGAAAGGGCCUAAAAAAGUGUGCCGUGAUGCAUGGGAACUGAUGUUGUCCAUGUUUUUAAGCGUACCCAAGCGUGUGGGCCCAAAUAUCCCCGCUUGUGGUACGUCGUUGCAACAAUUUCUGCAACGCGUGCGACAUCAAAGUGUGUUUGGCCUCGCAAUUUCCAUGCUGGGCAAGAUUCACAACAUUUUAAAAGAUGAUGCUAAUCACGAUCUGAACUGUGAGUACAUGCAGCUAUGGCCGACAACUAUUACCAAUGCCGUUGGCUACAGCUUGCGUAGCGUAUGCGAGACGCUGCAGUGGCUACUCACGGAAGCCCUGUUCUUUUACCCGCAAACCAUCUCUUGGCUGAAAAUGAAGGGAGAUCUCGAGUUAACAAUCGGUAACAACGAAUCAGCCAUACGCUGCUAUGUCAACGCUUUGGUCACAGGAACGGAUUACUGCAUGCUGUCAUUGCAACGCAACGUCGCGGAUGACUAUAUCAUACGUAAGAUGAUUCGUUGUGCCGCAAAUCUUGGUUGCCAUAUGCAGGCCACAGUGCUGUGCCAAUUUUUGGAAGAAAUCGACUAUGGAAUUGUAUUUAAGAAUCUCAGUGAAAAGUCCUGCAACUUUACCGAUGCCAUGGAUGCCUAUUAUAGCUGUAUAUGGGAUUCAACACUACUCGAGUUUAUUGUAAAUUUACAUGCUAAGCGUGGCGAGCAUAGUCGAAAGCUUGAGGCGAUCUCGGUCAUGGGAACUUUGGAACUGAAUGCAAAUAAUAACGAUGAGAUAAGGCGGGAAAGCGCAAUGGUGCGAAAAACACGUUUUCUGCGAUCGUUGGCCAAACAAUAUUUGCUGCAAUUGUAGAUUUAAAAUAAGUUACACCUUUGUUGUAUCUCGAUUAAAUUACUACACAAAUAAAUAUAAGAAAGCUCAACGUUAA